AUGCUCAUAGAUCCAUAAAAUAAGCUAAUUCAAAGCUAGAUUAUGGAUUUGACCAUGUAAUUAUAUAUAUAAUGAAUUUAGGAAAAGAAUCCAAGGAUUGUGGGUGUAAAGGAUUACAAUUACUCAUGCACAAAAUUAUAAUAUAAGGAAGAUGGUAAAUUGUUUCUAUCAUUUACUUGUUUUAAUUUUAAUUAGAUAUUCAGUAGAGCAGGUAACUACAUGAUUGACAAAUAUUGUAAGGGUAAUUACUUAUUUAUAAAGUAUAGAUUACACUAAAGAGGCUACAGAGGUUGGAUUUCAUUUGACAUUUUCAUUUGAUAAUUAAUAUGCCAAAGAAGAGCCUAAGAUUCCAAAGAAUGCAACUGAAGCUGAAAAAGCUGAAAUUUAAGAGCUUAAAUUAUAGAUAAGAGAAGAAAAUCAGAAAUUAUUUGAGAAGGUCACUAAGGAUUUCUCAUAAAUAAGAAGAAACCUCUAUGCAGCUGUAUUUGAGUAGGCAUUUGAUCAAGUCAAUAAAGGAGAAACUUCUCCUAAGUUUAAAUAUCAAAGUAGAGAGAAUGAAGUUGUUUAUGCUAUUCCUGAUAAAGAUGUUUUGAAUAUCGCUUUGAAAUAUCAUUUUCUGAUAAUGUAGAUAGAACAUUAGCUACUCUUAUAAUUACAAAGAUAAUUUAAUUAAUUAGUUGAAUAAAAUAAAUAAAUAUUUUAUUCACAAAUGAUUGUAUCAAUAUCAUAUGUAAAUAUUUUCACCAUAAUGAAAUAUUAAUUAUAAUUGAUAUUUUUUUUGAAAAGUAUAUCAGAACCAUUUAACUAUUAAUUUUUAUAUGUUAUCAAAUUAGACACAAUAAAAAUUUACAAUUAUUUGUAAAAUAAACAUAUAUUAAAAUAAUUAAUGUUUAUUGAUCAACAAUUCACUAUCCUACCAAUAUUAUUAAUUCUGAAGUACUUAAUAAAAUCAAAUAUAUCAUCCAUCUUGAUAAUAGUAUUUUCAAUUUGCAAUCAUUAUUCAGAAAAAUAUGCACUCCUUAAUAAAAGGAUACUUGAUGUCAUAAUAAUAUAUCUAAAAGACAAAAGUAUACAAUAUUAAUUGGAUAAUGAUAAUCCUUAACUUUUGAUAUAAGACAUUUUUGAUGUUAUUUGA